AUGUCGACCAAAGGAAAGGCCGCCGAGGCCGAGCUGAUCGCAUGCCCACUCGAGUUCAAGGGCGGAAAGGUUGCACCUAACCGUCUCGCAAAGGCUCCACUAGAAGAGACCCUGGCCAAUGCAGGAGGUGGUCCGCCCAACUAUGCUCAUUUUGAGCUUUACCGAGCAUGGGCUCGCGGAGGAUGGGGUCUCAUCAUCACAGGCAACCUAGCUAUCGAUCCCACACAUCUUGGAUCUCCAUUCGAUGUCGUUGUUCCGAACGGCGAGAAGCAACUGCAAUUCUUCAAGACAGCCAUGAAGAGGUACGCGGACGCCUGCACUGGUCGAGACCAGCCCGACAAAGUUGAUCCGAAAAAGCGACCGCUUGCCGUAGUGCAGCUCGUGCACGCAGGUCGUCAGUCAAUGCGUGGCUCCGGCCGUGGCAUCACCAAGCCUGCUCUUGCACCGUCUGCUGUGCCCAUGAGUACGAUGGGCGGCCUUGGCCCUAUCAGCAGAUUCCUCGAUCACAUGCUCUGGGGCCCUGUUGCGGCGAUGACAACAGAGCAGGUACAGCAGCUCCGUGAUCGAUUCGUUCAGGCAGCCCUUAUAUGCGCUGAAGCUGGAUUCGAUGGUGUCGAGAUUCACGGAAGCCACGGAUACCAAAUCGCUGCUUUCCUCAGUCCCAGGACCAAUCUUCGCACAGACCAGUACGGUGGCUCGGCAGAGAACCGCGCAAGGCUUCUACUCGAGAUCGUCGAUGCGGUACGCAAACAAGUCAAGGAUGAUUUUAUCAUUGGUGUCAAGGCGAGUACCGAACAGUUUGAUUUGGAGGGGGGAAAUGGACUGAACAGCUCCGACUACGUCCAAGGUGGUCUGACCGAAGACGAUGCGCUUCUCAACGUCAAGUGGCUUGCAGAAGGCGGCAAUGCUGACUUUGUCGAGAUCAGUGGAGGCAACUACGAGAACCCGUCCUUCGUCAUGGAAGGCUUUGACUCCGAAAAGGAACAGGCUAAGCUCGACAAACUUGCCAAGAGAACCGCCUCCGCCACCACCAAGUCCGAUCCCAAAGCCACCAGCACCGGCGCCAACACCAUCCAAGGCGCCGGCGUAGACCCUACGGCUAAAACCACUGCUCGCACGGGCCGUCGAGAAGCCUUCUUCCAGAACUUCGCCCGCCGCUGCCGCUCUUCCCUCCCCGCCGACAGCCGUCUCAAGAUCAUCCUCACCGGCGGUCUCCGCUCCCGCCACGGUAUCGCCUCUGCCAUUCAGCCAGAUGAUGGAGCCGCUGAUAUGGCUUGUCUCGGUCGUCCAGCCGCUGUCUUCCCUGACCUUCCACUGCGUCUUACCGACACAUCGAUUGAGGAUGAAUCGCCGGAAGCAGGUACACCCGACUACAAAGUUCCCGCAGUAUCAAGCUUGGCCUUGGUGCCCACAAAGAUAGUCGGUGCAGGAUGGGGAACUCUGUGGCACACAUUCCACAUGGCGCAGACAGUGCUGGGCAAGGGAGGUGAUGCGACGAAGAAGAGCACGUAUAGAUUGUUUAAAGAGUAUACCCAGACUGGUGCGCACCAGACUGGUUUUAAGGAGCCUAAUGAAGACUGGUUUAUGUUGAUGGUUAUGGUCAGUAUGCCGGUAAUCGCAUGUAUCGGCGUCCUUGCGUUCAACGCCCGAUCGUAG